AUUGUGCUUGUAAAAUGUUAUAAAAAAAAUAUUUAGACUACAGUAUUCACAUUUUCAGAAAAUAUCAUCUAAAGAUGAAUUUAGAGGCUUUACUCAAUUAUUAUUAAACUGAAACAAAACCUAAAAAAAUUGAGUACAUAAAAUAUUACACUUUACACAAUAUUACACUUUAAACUACAUGAUAACCCUUACUCAAACAUUACAGCUUAGUAGUUACAUAGUGACACAUAUAAAUGUCCCACACCACAUUUCAAAUUCUCAGAAGUCGAUUGAAAAUCUAACAAGCCUAUCUUGAUCAAGAUAAAUAUGGAUAUUCCAGCAUAUGAAGAGUUCCUAAAACAAAUAAAAAUCAACCUAUGGGUCUCAGGGAUACCCUAUGGUGAUCCUAAGGUCCACUUUCGAUUUUACAUCUUAUACAUCACUUUACAAAUCAUGUUUGGUCUAGAAUUGACGUAUUUUGUGUCUAAAAUUUCUUCAGAAAACGCUCUCGAACUUUCCCAGUUAGCCCCCUGUAUGUGCGUGGGGGGAUUAACAGUUUUGAAAAUAACAGCCUUAACGUUGAAAAGGAAGACAAUUUAUAAACUAACCGAAUGCCUUAGUCAGUUGCAUGGAAAAAUACUGAAAGAUGAUCAUAAGACAAAUCUUGUGAAGAAGAAUCUGAUCCUGCUAAACGUGUUUAUUAAAUACUUUUUGGUACUGAACGCAGUUCUGAUUUCAGUUUAUAAUUUUUCGACCCUGAUUAUCAUGACUUAUCAUUAUUUUGCGAAUAACGAAGUCAUUUUUCCUUUGCCAUACCCAGUGUUUGUACCAUUUGCUACGGAUUCCUGGUUGCCGUGGAUAGUUGUUUACGUCUUUUCAAUCAUGAGUGGGUUUAUCUGUGUGCUCUUUUAUACGAUAGUCGAUGGUCUGUACUUUGUGCUAACAUCCCAUAUUUGUGGAAACUUCAGUAUUAUAAGCGACCGAAUAAAAUGUUUGGAUGUAUCGAGUAUGGAUAACUUGACGGAAAUAAUUAAAGACCACCAAUAUAUAUUGAAGCUGGCUGAAGAUUUGGAAGAUAUUUUCACAGCGCCAAAUCUUUUCAACGUGUUGUUUGGCUCUCUUGAGAUUUGUGCGCUUGGAUUUAAUAUAACCAUUGGAAGUUGGGGCCAAACUCCAGCAUGCCUCCUGUUCCUUUCGUCUGUUUUGCUGCAAAUUCUUAUGAUGAGCGUCUUUGGCGAAAACAUUAUAAGAGAGAGUAGCAAAAUUGGCGAUGCGGCUUUUUUAUGCAACUGGUAUAAUAUGGAUGAGAAAACAAAGAAAUUGAUUUUGAUGAUAAUAGUAAGGUCCAAAAAGCCAGCAAGAUUGACAGCCUACAAAUUUUCUGUGAUUAGUUAUGAGAGCUUCACAAAGAUCAUAAGCACGUCGUGGUCAUACUUCACGAUUCUAAGAACAAUGUACGCGCCGGCUGACGUGAAUCGUUCUGACUAAACACGAGUACUGGACAAUCAGUCAAUCAAUCUGUCAAAUAAAUUGCAUAUCGCCUGCGGUCCACUGCUGGACAUAGACUUCCUCCAAGUUGCAGAACAACAAACGGUCAUCCACAUCCAAUCCACCUUAUUUUAGCAAGUCAACAUUACACUUUAUAAUCACUUAUUGUGUACUAUAACAAAUCGAAAAUAAACCAUUAUUCACAGAAAGACAUUAGAAAUUUUCUCCUUUUACUUACCUCAGAAAAGCUCUACCUAGUCUCAUUAACAAGCUGACUAAAUGCUACUCUUACAAAAACACGUAACUAAAGCGAAUAUCAAUAUUAUUUUUUCUCAUGUUUUAAAUCAUUAAA